AUGGCUAAAAAAAUUACGAUUGCUGAACUACGUAAGUGCAAAAACAUUUAACUUUUAUUUUUCUUUGUUUUUCUAUAAAGAGUAACGAUAAGAAUUGUAGUAAAGAUAAUAUAAAAAACCUUAUAGUAACAUGAAACACAUGUAAAAUGAGAUUUAAAAUUAAAAGUUGUGCAUUUUUUUCAGGUGCAAUUUUUGACCAGUACGAUGCUGACAAUGAUGGUGUACUCGGUCCCAAGGAAGCUUUGAAUGCGUACAAGGCGUUGGGCGAGAAAGCGAAGAAAAUUGAAAACUUUGACAAAGCUUUUGAAACGAUAGCCAAAAACAAGCGAAUGACAUUGCAACGUUAGUGAAAUUUUACUAUAUUUUACGUAUCUGUGAAAACCAAAUUUCUUAUUUAAAGAUACCUAACCACCUAUGAAACUAGAAGUCUUAUUUUUAAUAUUGCUAUAAUAUUUUAUCUUUAAAAUGAUAGUUUCUUCAAUAUUUUUAGUUUUAAAAGUUUAAAAUAAUAUUUUCAGAAUUUAACCAGCUGGUACAAUGA